AUGUCACUGCCUCCGAGUGCCGAACCAAUGGCCUGCGCUGAGAGCUCUUCGACAGGAUCGUCCCCACAUCGUUCAGAUCUCGAGACUGCCAGCAGAAUAUCGCGUUCGGUGACGAACUUUGAUAUCAACGCCAUUUCGCGGAUUGCGUCCUUGGUUUCUACCCAAGGGCGAGGGGUGCUGCAUACAAUUGCAGAAGAUGACCCGGCACUUGACCCCACCAGGAAGGAGUUCAACCACUAUAAAUGGGCUCGCACCAGACUCAACCAGCUGGAUGAAGAAAGUGUCUUGCGUAAACAUGCGGGUUUGGUGUUCAAAAACCUAAAUGUUUCUGGGUCUGGCGCUGCGCUGCAGCUGCAAGAAGUGGUGAGCUCGGCUCUGCUAGCUCCGUUCCGCCCUGCCAGCUACAGAAACAUACUGCAUCCAGAGCCCAGGAGGCAGAUUCUACAUAAUUUUGACGGGAUGCUCAGGAGCGGCGAGAUGCUCAUGGUUUUGGGUCGACCGGGCAGCGGCUGCUCAACGUUCCAGAAGACAAUCUGUGGUGAGCUACACGGGUUCAACGUACAUCCAGACUCGGUUAUGCACUACAAUGGAAUCCCCAUGAAGAAGAUGCACGAGGAGUUUAAGGGCGAGUGCGUCUAUAACCAGGAGGUGGAUAAGCAUUUCCCACACUUGACAGUGGGUGAAACGCUGGAAUUUGCUGUCGUCGGCCCGAACCCCAUCUCAUCGGUUGACGGGGGUGUCUCGCAAGCAUAUCGCAGAGAUGGCGCUACCCGGGGCCUUGACGCUGCCAGUGCUUUGGAAUUUGUGAAAGCACUGCGAAUAUCGGCCGAUUUAACUGGAGGCUGCCAUGCGGUAGCCGCCUAUCAGGCAUCUCAAGCUAUCUAUGACGUUUUCGACAAGGUGAUGGUCUUGUACGAGGGCCGCGAAAUCUACUUCGGGCCAUGCAACCAGGCAGAGGAAUAUUUUGUCAAUAUGGGCUGGGUAAAUCCCCCUCGACAGACAGUCGGAGACUUUCUUACUUCUGUUACGAACCAUCAAGAGCGCAAGGCACAACAAGGGAUGGAGCAUAGGAUUCCGCGAACUCCCGAAGAAUUUGAGCGCUACUGGAAGAAGAGCCCUGAGUAUGCUGCCCUUCUGGAAGAAAUCAAACAGUACGAGUCUGAAUACCCUCUGGGGGGCCACGGGCAAGAGGAUGUGACAGCCGGGAAGCGUACGGAGCAGGCGAAGCACGUGCGGCCAAAGAGUCCAUAUCUCAUCUCGGUUCCAAUGCAACUCAAACUGUGCAUGAUACGGGCCUAUCAGAGCACUCCGGAUGCCACUGCUGGUUUCUUCGCCAAAGGCUCCCUGCUUUUUUUUGCCACCCUACUCAAUGCCCUUAUAAGCGUGACAGAAAUCAAUUCUCUCUAUGAGCAGCGUCCUAUUGUGGAGAAGCAAGCGUCCUAUGCGUUUGUCCACCCUUUUGCAGAGGCCUGUGGGGCGAUCAUGGCCGACCUACCCAUCAAGCUUACAUCUGCAGUAUUGUUCAAUGUAACCAUUUAUUUUCUUGGGAGUCUGCGGUAUACUGCAUUCCAAUUUUUCAUCUUCUUUCUCUUCAGCUUCCUUUCGACUAUGAUUAUGUCCGCUGUCUUCCGCACUUUGGCCGCACUGACGCAAAGCGUUGCUCAAGCCAUGGCUUUGGCCGGACUCAUGAUCCUCAUACUUGUCAUCUAUGCAGGGUUCGUGGUUCCCACGCCAGAGAUGCACCCCUGGUUCGCCUGGCUACGAUGGCUAAAUCCGCUUUUUUAUACUUUCGAGGGCCUCAUUGCCAAUGAAUUUCAUGGGCAAAAUUUCGAAUGUUCUCAAUUUAUUCCGGGAUACCCAAGCUUAUCUGGUGAUGCUUUUAUUUGCUCCGUGCCUGGGUCUGUGGCAGGAGCAAGAAGCGUAUCUGGGGAUUCUUUCAUCUAUGCGCAGUAUCGCUACAGCUACUCUCACGAGUGGAGAAAUCUGGGCAUCCUCAUUGGUUUCUGGAUAGUCUUUAUUUUCGCAUAUCUCCUUGCCACCGAGUUGAACUGUGCCACGUCGUCAACAGCUGAAUUCCUCGUCUUCCGUCGAGGUAACAUUCCUGCCUACAUGCAACACCAUAUCAAGGAUACAGAGAAGUCUGCUAAUUCCCAAGCGCUGGUACUGGAGCACCCAGUUAAGAGUGAGGUGCCCAUGGAUCUGAGCACAGUCAUGCCAGAGCAGCAGAGCAUCUUUACUUGGCAGAACCUGUGUUACGAUAUUCCCGUAAAAGGAGGGCAACGCCGCCUUCUCGAUCAUGUUUCCGGCUGGGUAAAUCCAGGAACUCUGACAGCAUUGAUGGGCGUGUCUGGAGCAGGAAAGACCACGCUGCUGGACAUUCUUGCACAGCGGGUGACUCUUGGGGUGGUCACCGGUGACAUGUUGGUUAACGGACGUUCUCUACCAGCAAGCUUUCAACGACAAACUGGGUAUGUACAGCAGCAGGAUCUUCACCUCGCUACAUCAACUGUGCGUGAGGCUUUGGGGUUUAGCGCUAUGCUCCGGCAACCCAAGUCCGUUUCCAAGGCAGAGAAGUAUGCCUAUGUAGAUCAAGUCAUCAAGAUGCUGAAUAUGACGGACUUUGCCGAGGCUGUCGUCGGUACACCGGGAGAAGGCCUCAAUGUGGAGCAGCGGAAACUCUUGACCAUCGGAGUUAAACUGGCGGCGAAGCCACAACUCCUCCUAUUUCUGGAUGAGCCGACAAGCGGCCUAGAUUCUCAGAGCGCGUGGUCUAUCUGUGCCUUUCUGCGCAAGCUUGCAGAUAACGGACAGGCAGUCCUUUCAACAAUUCAUCAGCCAAGCGCCAUCUUGUUUCAGCAGUUUGAUCGGCUUCUCUUCCUGGCCAAAGGGGGUAAAACCGUGUAUUUUGGCGACAUCGGGGAGCAGUCCAGAUCACUGCUAGACUAUUUCGAGCGGAACGGAGCGAGGUCGUGUGACCCAUGCGAGAACCCCGCCGAGUACAUGUUAGAAAUCAUUGGUGCAGGUGCAUCUGGCCACGCUUCCAAAGACUGGCCGGCAGUUUGGAAAAAAAGCAAUGAAGCCAGUGAAGUAAAAGCCGAAUUGGGUCGCAUCCGUGCCGCGGGAUCUUCUCCUAACGAUGGCACUGGAUUGAUCAAUACAGAAUUGGACGACCAGGGAGAAUAUGCCAUGCCACUAAUCGCUCAGUUAUGGUGGGUGACUCGCCGGGUGUUUCAGCAAUACUGGCGUGAGCCAGCCUACAUCGGGGCAAAGUACAUGCUAGGUGUUGUCUCGGCUUUGUUCAUUGGCUUUUCCUACUUCUUGCCAGGACAAUCCAUCCAAGGGAUACAGAAUCGCCUGUUUAGUUCCUUCAUGUUGACGUCAAUUUUUUCCACGUUGGUCCAACAGAUCAUGCCUAAGUUUAUCACUCAGCGCUCGUUGUACGAGGUACGGGAACGGCCAUCGAAAACGUACUCAUGGGUGGCGUUCGUCGUCUCGAAUAUCGUCGUGGAAAUUCCAUACCAGAUUCUCCUCGGAGUACUAGUCUGGGCAAGCUACUACUAUCCUAUCUAUGGCGCAAAUCAGAGCUUGGAUCAGCAGGGACUUAUGAUGAUGUUUGUGGUUCAAUUCUUCCCCUUCACCUCGACCUACGCAGACCUGGUGAUUUCCUCCUUGCCGGAUGCCGAAACUGCAGGAACCGUUGCGACAUUGUCCUUUGCCCUCAUCCUAACGUUCAACGGAGUCAUGCAGACUCCAACCGCCCUUCCUGGAUUCUGGACUUUCAUGUACCGUGUCUCGCCCCUAACAUAUUUGGUCGCGGGAAUGUGCGGUAAUGCGCUACACGGACAGCAAGUUCGAUGUUCUAGCAGGGAGCUUAGUGUAUUGUCUCCUCCCGAAGGCAUGACAUGCGGCCAAUACCUUGGUGACUGGUUGAGUGCAUCGCCAGGUCAACUCUUCAACCCGUCUGCCACGACGGGCUGCGAGAUUUGUGCUUUCACUACCGCAGACCAGUAUCUGUCCCUCAGCAAGAUCUACUACAGUCAACGCUGGCGCAACUUCGGAAUCGGCUGGGCCUAUAUUGGGUUUAACAUUGGAGGGGCUAUACUAUUGUAUUAUGUUUUCCGCGUGCGCCACUACAAGCCAAAUUUGCUUCCGCGGGUAGUGACUGCCCGUGGACGAGUCUUACAUAGACUGUUCAGGAGAAGGUCGGGAAGUGUCCCCCAAGAGAAGGAGGCCGAUACCAGCCGGGUUCUGUGA